AUGUUGGAGCUAACACGAGACCACCUCCCCAAUCAUCUGACCUCACUGGCUCGCCGCUAUGGCAGCAUCUACCGACUCAACUGUGGCAACACGACCAUAGUUGUGUUGAGCAGUGCUGAGGUUAUCCGGGAGGCCCUGGUGAAGAAGUGGUCAGACUUUGCAGGGAGACCCCACUCAUACACUGGUGAUAUUGUGUCAGGUGGUGGGCAAUCCAUCUCCUUGGGGGACUACAGUAAUGCGUGGCGGACACAUCGGCGCGUGGCCCACAGUGCUCUGCAGCGUUGCUCUGCGCAGUCUCUGCACUCUGUGAUUCAGAGGCAGGCUCUCAGCCUCAGGCAGGUUCUAUUGGACUACAAUGAGACUCCUGUGGAAUUGUCAGAGGACUUCACCGUGGCUGCCAGUAAUGUCAUCACUACUCUGGUUUUUGGAAAAGAAUAUGACAAGAGCUCCCCUGAGCUGCAUCGUCUGCAUGGCUGUUUGAAUGAAAUUGUGUCUUUGUGGGGCUCCUCCUGGAUCUCCGCUCUGGACUCCUUUCCACUGCUCAGGAAGUUGCCCAAUCCUCCUUUCUCUCGUCUACUGAAAGAGGUGGCCCGGAGAGAUGACAUCAUUAGAUCGCAUAUCCAAGAAUAUAAGGCGAGUGAUGAAGGGACAGGGGGCACUGUAGCAGCCUCUCUACUUGAGAACCUGGAUCAGCCGCUGGGGGAAAAAGAGAAGGUGGCACUGACGGAAACUCAUGUUCACAUGACUACAGUGGAUUUGCUCAUUGGUGGCACAGAGACCACUGCUGCCUGGCUGUGCUGGACUGUGGCCUUCUUACUUCACAGACCUGAGGUGCAGUGCAGAGUAUACAGUGAGCUGUGUACAGUGCUGGAUACUCGGUAUCCACAGUACAGUGAUAGACUCAAGCUGCCCUGCUUGUCUGCCCUGAUCAGUGAAGUGCUUAGACUCAGACCUGUGGCUCCACUUGCAGUUCCUCACCGAGCCACUAGAGACAGCAGCAUUGCAGGAUACUGUAUCCCAAAGGACACCGUUAUCAUCCCCAAUAUUUAUGGUGCUCACCAUGACCCAGCAAUUUGGACUGACCCCUAUGCCUUCAAACCAGAACGUUUUUUAGACGGAGGUGGAGCUUCCACUCGUGCUCUUCUGCCAUUUGGAGGUGGGGCCCGCCUGUGCCUUGGGGAGUCUAUAGCCAAAAUGGAGCUCUUCCUGUUCACUGCCUACUUACUUCGUGAUUUUCAAUUUCUUCCCUGUGGAAACAAAGACACUUUGCCUGACCUAACUGGGGUAGCAAGUGUGGUCCUCAAGGUCAAACCAUUUCAAGUCAUAGUGCAUCCAAGACCUUUAACUUGAACUUUUUUGUCAUUUAAUACUAAAUAAAUUUGUGUGUGCUAUGCUGAUUCAUCAAUACUUUUUGUGUUUGGUAAUGCCAGUACAUUACCUCAGAAUGCAAUGCUGACUGCAGGGGGAGAAUUAGAAGACUGCCAUGUUUAACAGUAUUGCAGGUCAUGGAACAUUGUUUUUUGUAAAUACAUAUUGCAGACUACAAAGACCAUUAGAACCAUGGAUGUGUGCUAUGCUUAACUGUACUCACGCUGACUCAAAAAGGGAUAUGAUCAGA